CAAUGAUCAGACUUGGCACAGCAUUUCCAGAGCUGUUCCCUGAAGGUCAAGGACCGUCAAAGAGACCGGUCGUGAACAUGGCCACCAGAUCGACCUCCCUGGACGAGGACCUGAGCUGCCCCGUGUGCUGUGACACCUUCAGGGAGCCUGUGGUGCUCAGGUGCAGCCACAGCUUCUGCAAGCCCUGCCUGGACACCUACUGGAGGGACAAGACCGUCCUUGACUGCCCCGUCUGCAGGAGGAGGUCCUCGACGGACUCGCCCCCCAUCAACCUGGCCCUGAGGAACAUCGUGGAGUCCUACUUGAGGGAUCAGAGAGUAGAAGAGCAGAAGAAGCCGGUCGUGGCCCCACGGGGGAUCGAGAGGGGAAACAGAGGGGCGGCAAAGAGCCAGGCGGCGGGGGACAGCGGGCCCCACUGUGGCCUUCACGGUGAGAAACUCCUACUCUACUGCGUCGUUGACCAGGAGCCCAUCUGUGUGGUGUGCCAGGCCUCGCGGAACCACCGGAACCACCAGCUCAGCCCCGUGGACGAGGCUGCGCUGGACCUGAAGGAGGAGGUGAGGACCUCUCUAAGACCAUUAAAGGAGAAGCUGGAAACCUUCAACAAAGUGAAACAGCAAUGUGUGAAAAUGGCCGAACACAUUCAGGCACAGGCCCGAAAAACAGAGGACCAGAUAAAGAAGGAGUUCGAGAAGCUCCACCACUUCCUCUGGGUGGAGGAGGCCAGCAGGAUCUCUGCCCUGAUGAACGAAACCGAAAGGAAGAGCAUGAUAAUGAAGGAGAAGAUCGAUCACCUGACCAAGAAGAUGGCCUCACUGUCAGACACCAUCAAGUCCAUCGAGAAGGAGAUUCAGGCUGAGGAUGUUUCCUUCCUCCAGGCCUACAGGUAUAUGAAAGAAAGAGCCCAGUGCAAACUGCAGGCUCCGGAGCUGGUUUCAGGGGCGCUGAUAAAUGUGGCUGAACAUCUGGGCAACCUGAAGUUCAGGGUCUGGGAGAAGAUGCAAGAGAUGGUGCAAUACUCUCCAGUGACCCUGGACCCGAACACCGCCGCCCCUUGGCUGUCCUUGUCUGACGACCUGAUCAGCGUACAAUACCAAGGAGAGCAGAUGCACAUCCCGGACAACCCUGAGCGCUGUGACCUGUGUGUGUGCGUGCUGGGCGCUGAGGGCUUCACCUCUGGCAGGCACAGCUGGGAGGUGGAGGUGGGCAACAAAACCAAGUGGGACCUUGGAGUGAUGAAGGAGUCCAUCCAAAGGAAGGGGGUGCUGAGCGUGAACCCUUCACAGGGGUUCUGGGCGAUCGCCCUGAGAGACGGCAGGCGCUACAGUGCCUGCACUCAGCCCUGGACCCCUCUCACACUGAAGAGGAAACCCCAGAAGAUCAGGGUACUGCUGGACUAUGACAACAGUCUGGUGUCCUUCUUCGAUCAUGGAGACAUGUCGCUUAUUUACACUUUCAGAGGCAGCUUCACCGAGAGACUGUUUCCGUAUUUCUCACCAUGUGUGAGUGACAAGGGACAGAAUGUGGAACCCCUGAAAAUCUGUCCAGCCAAGGUGUCAGUAGUAAUGAUGUAAUCCUCUACCAAGUGACCUCAUCCCAGGGAAGAUCUUUAUAAAAAUGAUGUUAACUGAGUGAAGAUAUAAAUGGCAGCCAUGUUAUGGUAGUGAAGGUUUCUGUAACAGUGACAUUAUCCUGGUGACGGUAUCCCAAUGGUGUGGAUAACAGUAUCUAUCCAUUAUCUAUCACUCAUGCAAACAGGAGGAAAGACAUCAGUGCUGAUUAUCGAAUAACCAUGGGCGUACGCCUACAUACAGUGUUCAGGCUGUGAUCUUGGCGGAGAAAAAGAAAUACACAUGCAUGAAUUUAGUUUCAAAGCCUGCAAGCAGUUAGCCCAUCUCAGCAUAUAAGCAAAGCACAACUGCCAUCGAACAGACCCCAGCACCGGAUAUGAUGGUGACAUCGAGUGCUCUCACGCAUAGGAAUAGUUAGCAUAACAAGCUUUCUUUUGAUGUCGUUUCCGAGUUGUGUGUGUCUCUGGUAGCCGGGGUUUUUGGGGCUCCUGUUGUUUACAGCCUCACUCUCUUACUCUUGUGCUUGAAGGCUGCCACUGGAACAGGGGCUGACUCAGAGACAUUGCUCUCCUUCAUUCACCUGUGCUUUUAUGAUGCCCUGCUUUCCUUGUACCACAACG